UGUACACACACGCUUAUUGUGUAACACUUCAGCACUGCAGCUGCUGGGAGGAACCUGAAGAGGAACCUGAAGAGGAACCUGAAGGAUGUAGAUGCUUUAAGAUCAACAGGAUCAGGUCCUGUGGAUGCAGAAGGAGCGGAAAUGUGAGUCGUGUUCGCGUCUGUAUCGCAGCGCGGAGAUGAAGCCUGGCUUCCACAUCACGCCGAACAACAACAGCAACAAAAGACCAUAGCGCGUUUCCACCAGAGUCAUUCUUCAGUUCUUUAUUUCAUUUACUAAUUCAGAUGAAGUGAACUAUUCGGCGAAAAAACAUGAAAUUUCCGGCAGAGAAUCAGAGGAAACCGAGCAGUAGCUGGAGUCCUCCUCCAGUGGCAGUCCAGACCAACCUCGUUCCCCCGAAAAAAGUCCAGCCCGGGAUGCUGCAGUCCAGUUUGGUCCAGGCCAGCGUGGCCACAAUGCAGAACCCGAUGGGAUGUUCACUUCCUCGCCUCUCUGUUUCGCGGCCUGCUAGCAUGGUAGCCAGCAUGGAGGCGGGGGCAGACGGCUCGGCGCUUCUGUCCGUGAUGAAGUGGAAGACAGUGCUGGCUGUGUUCGUGGUGGUGGUGAUUUACUUAGUGGCCGGCGGCUUGGCGUUUCGAGCCCUCGAGCAGCCGUUUGAAAAAAACCAGAAGGACACAAUUACAGCCGAGAAGGCAGCGUUCCUGCAAAAGCAUCCCUGUGUCACACCAGAUGAACUGGAGAUUCUCAUUAAGCACUCCAUCGACGCGUUCAGCGCUGGAGUGAGUCCAAUAGGUGACACAACGUAUAACUUCAGCUACUGGGAUCUCGGCAGUGCUUUCUUCUUCGCUGGUACUGUGAUUACGACUAUAGGAUACGGGAACAUCGCUCCGAGCACAGAGGGAGGGAAAACUUUCUGCAUUCUGUACGCCAUAUUCGGCAUCCCGCUCUUUGGCUUUCUGCUGGCUGGAGUCGGAGAUCAGCUCGGCACCAUCUUUGUAAAGACCAUUGCCAAAGUGGAGAAGAUGUUCAGGAACAAGAAUAAUCAAAUCAGCCAGAUGAAAAUCCGUGUGGCCUCAACGUUACUCUUCAUCCUCGCCGGCUGCAUCGUCUUCGUCACAAUUCCUGCAGUUAUUUUCAAAGAAAUUGAAGAAUGGACGGCGCUCGAUGCGAUUUAUUUUGUUGUUAUCACACUAACGACUGUUGGCAUUGGGGACUACGUCGCAGGAGGAAACAGAGAAAAAGAAUAUUAUAACUGGUACAAGCCACUGGUUUGGUUCUGGAUCCUGGUUGGUCUGGCGUACUUCGCUGCUGUACUGAGUAUGAUCGGAGACUGGCUAAGAGUCUUGUCCAAAAAGACAAAAGAGGAGGUUGGCGAGUUCAAAGCUCAUGCUGCUGAGUGGAAAGCAAAUGUUCGGGCCGAAUUCAGAGAAACCAGGCGUCGCCUUAGUGUGGAGGUUCACGAUAAACUGCAACGUGCCGCUACGAUCCGCAACAUGGAGCGUCGUCAGCUUGGCUUGGACCAGCGCGCUCAAUCGCUCGAUAUCUUAUCUCAUCCAAUUGAGCGACGAGUCGCAAAUUUCAACAUUCUGGAUGCAGCAACUAACUUCAAGACUUCAUCGCAGGAGAGCAUCAAUGCAAAGCUAAACGACAACAUCUUUAACCGAUUCGGCUCUGUCAGUAAACUGGCCAAACGGGCCAAGAACAAGGAGCUGAAGAAGAACAUCCCAGGAGACGGACGGAAAACCGGCAGUGAGGAGAAGAAAGAGAUGGAGGAGGAAGAGUUGGAGAAGGAGGUCAACACCAGUUUGUCGGAUCUACCAUUGUUCGUCGAGAGCCCGAAAUCACAGAACGGAUUUGUGAUGGUGCCAGCAAAGACCAAAGAAGAAGAAGAAGAAGAAGAGGAAGAAAAAGAAGAAGAAGGAGGAGGAGGAGGAGGAGGAGGAAAAGAAGAAGAAGAAGUAGAAGAAGAAGAAGAAAAAGAAGAAAAAGAGAAGGAAAAAAAACUUGAGGAGUUUCACAUAGAAAUGGACGCCUAGAUGGAGAAAUCAUCUUUCUUGAAACAUAAAAGUGCCUUAUUUCUCAUUGAUGCUGAUGGGAAAAUUGUAACAUCCCAUUUUAAUGUUGGUGAAACUUUUCACUGUGUCCUGAUAACUUGAUUAAAAAAUAUCACCUGACAGACCAUUAAAAGCAAAACAGUUUCUGAAAAAGGAUCCUAGCAAAGUUUCAACAAGCGAACUGUAGCGAAUUAAAGUGACAUUUACUGGCCUGAAAGACUGAAUGUUGAUACUGAGCUCUUCCCUCAAUGGACUUGAAGAUAUGAAAAUAAUAAAUUCAAAAUGCAGACGGAGAUAAAGAAAGAAAUCUAUUUAAUUCAUCAGAAAGAAAAUCCAUGAUAUACAUCAGGCAUGUGCUGAUAUAAAAUUUUAAAUUAUGGUUUUAUCAUGGUUAAGGAUGUUGUCAGGGUAUUAAAUAUUAGAUAUGUUCCGUUCUGGCAGCUUCUUUAGUAGUCACAUUGGUUGAAGGUCUCAGUCUCUUUGGCAGCAUUUUAACUGAAAAGCAGCCUUAUCGUGUGUCACAUCGUCAUGUCGUACAUCACUUUCAGUAUGCUGCUGGUCACUUGCUAGUUUACUGGAUUAUGUGAAGACAGAUCUAGGACUAGCGGCACCUAUUUUUCUGAUGCUAUACACAACCAGGCUACUUUUCACUCAAUAACGUAGCUAGCUGGUUAGUGCACAUCAAGUUAUCUGCGAAGCAAGCUACACACUGUAUAAAUGGUGAGGUUAUGUUACAUUAAGUAAUAAUUCUGACCACAGAAUGGCUUUUAGCAAUGUACAAACACAAAUAAACCCAACUUCACAUACAUUUGUAAACGACUGCUUGGUCCAACAUGUUUGCUGAAACGUUUUUGUUGAUGUUGUGCUAUGAAAAGAUUUAUGGGAUUGUCUACAGCAAGAAGGACAUCUGAGAUGUGGCACUAAAACUUGGCCAUAACAAGUGGCUGCUUUCUGAAAGGAACAAACUUAAUUUAAGAAACACUGUUGCCUAUCUAGCAUAGGGAACUAGCUUCUAACUGGAAUACAAUCUUAAACUUAUCCCAUAUUUCUCAGACUUUUCAAAACAGAAUUAUUCACUACCUUCUGCUUCUAAUUUUUUUUUACACCAGAAUUAGUCAUCCAUAUGAAUCAGCCCAUCUUUCAAGCAGGAAAAUCAAAUUAAGAUGACAACACUGGCCAAAAUAUUACUAAUGUGAAAUAAGGGAAGGGGCGGGGCUUCCAGGGGAUCAGAGAGUUCAAAAUACUUACACAUCUGUCAAUCAUUCCAGAUUCAUAGGAUGGCUGGCUCAUGUGCUGCUUUUAUUGUUUUAUUUUUAAAUAAAUGUUUUGCUGUAUUUUUGAGUGAUAAAUUGUAGCAGUGUGUGCCAGCGUUAAAAUCCGGAGCUUCGACACAAGAUGUGUAAAAGUUGGAAGGUCUGAACUUUAUAUCUCACUAAAGGUGAAUGGAGCGUAGAGAGAAUAUGCAGGAUAUAUAACUAUAUAUAACAUAACUGAUUAUCGGCACAUGCCUAAUGUAUAUUCCUUAAAAACUUAUAUUGUCCAAAGGUAGCAUUGAAAAUUGGAUGAAGUUCUGAAAUUUUGAACCAAAUGAUAUAUGUGCAUGAUCUUGGAUUUUUAUUGUCGUCUAUAAAAACACACAUGCUGUUCAUUUUCAUAACCAAUGAGAUCUCAGGGCUUGUAGUCCAUCCUACAUCACGGUACAUCCAGUCAGGAGCAAAUGUCUGAGUGCAAAACUGUUUCCUUGUCUUACACCACAGUGCUGUUGGAUUCUGGAUUGUGAUUGGUCAGAAGUUGUUGAUGAAUUUCUAUAACAGCAGCACUGACAGUGGUGCAGUUUUUUGGUUUAUUAACUUCAAGAGAGAGAAAAAAGAGAGACUGGGGAGGGAACCGCAGUUUGUAGCUGCUGUAACGUAAGUGAGAAAAAGGAACUAACGUUCCACAACAUUAAGUGUAACUAAAAAUGUAUUUUAAAAAAAUUAUGAUGUUCUUUAAUAAAUAAGAAAUAGUAAAUCUCUGUGGUGUAAGAGGAAUAAAACACAAAAAUAAUCAGCUUUAGGGUAAUAAGAGUAACUUUGUGUUCAAUGACUGAUGAAUAUAAAACGAGUCCACUCAGACUUUUGCACCUUACUGUACGCUGUAUUUACACUCCAACUAUGUCACUAUGUGUGUAUGUAUGUUGUCACCAUUCAUUGCACAUGUGUUUGACAAAGGAGCGGAAUUGAAGCCAUAGUGUCAAAAAACGUAUCAGAUCAGGAUCGAUGAUGCACUUUGUAGUCGGUAAAAGAAUGGCCAAAGAUGAAAUGUUCACAGUGUCCCCUUUACUCCAACAUACUCACAACGUUAACCUGGUGGCUAUAUACUUCUAUUACAUGUUAGCUACAUUAGCAUCGUAGCUCCAGCGCAAAACUGCACACACAAAUCAUUUGUGGUAAAGUGAACAUCGUGAACAUUUCAGUUUUGGCUGAACUAUCACUUCACGUUUUGGUGUAAACACAUCCUCAUCACACUGAGCACUUUUCCAAGCUGAAAGGCUUUUUGUGUUUUAAUUUAUUUUGCUAAACAGUGAUGCUGUCGUACAACAUGCCUUCUGUGUGUAAAAAUACAGUAUAUGUGGGUGUGUCUGAUGUGUGUAUGUAUGUUGUCUAAGAGAUUGUAUUAAAACUACGAUUCCCUUGCAUAACUAGGCAUGUGGCAAUGUUCCAGUCGCCUCAUCCAAGUUAAUCAUGGUUUCCGAUAUUAUAUCACGAUGUUCUGUCAGGUUCUGUCCAGAAUGGCUAGUUCUCCAUGAAGAAUGGAAUGCAGAGGAAUGAUGAUUAUUUUGUCCACGCUAACAAUAUUGUGUGUGUUGAAUAUCAUGAUGUAUCGUGUAGCCGAUUAAUGGCACAUGCCUACGCAAUACCUCACUAUCGCAAUCCUUCGCACAUGUGCUUGUUGCUGAGCUUUACACACCCGACGUGCUCUUCUCUUCUUGUUCGCAGUAGUCUAGUGUGAAUGCAGCAAAAAGGACUUAAUGUUUGUCAUGAAGAUGAUGCUAUGAAGAUUUUAAAAAUGUUCAAAGCAUUUUAAAACAAACAAAAAAGAAUUUAAAGACAUGGAAACUAAAAGCAUGCCUUUUGUGCUAAUAUAUUAUGGUAUGGUAUUGAGUGUACUGCUACGUGCUUCUGAAAAUGAGCGUUUAUAAACGUGACGAGUUUAUCAUGUUAAACGCUGAAAGUCCUCCGUUUUAAAAAAUAUAUAAACAUUUUAAAAAUUGUGCAAUGAAAUUGUGCAUAAUAGACUUGUGCAAACAUUACUUUCAAUGUAGUGAGUGCCUUUUUAGAAAAAAAUAAAAAUAAAACUACCAAAUGAAG